GCGCGCCCUUAGUCAUUGACUAAACGUGCAAGCGGCAGGCAGCAGCGCAAUCAGCGGCUAAAGCGGCAACAGCAAAAAUAUUCUACAGUCAACAACAACGAGAACACAACUAGAAAUUAGUUAAAUAAAAAUCAAAUAAGCAACUCACUAGCGCACUAGUAGUGGCAAGAACAACAUUGCGCCGUUGCGACAGUUGUGGCAGAUAAUAAUAAUAAUAAGUAUAAGUUGGAAGUAGCAGUAGUUGGGAGCGCUCAUACAAAAAAAUGUUCGCGUUCUAACAUUUGCAUUCGAUAUUCGGUAUUGGUUGGACGCGUUGUUGCCCAUUUUUCUUUUCAACUUUUGAUUUCGCUUGCGUGUUUUGAUUUUGGUGCUUUUUUGUUUUUGUUUGUACGCUUGCAUUGGAAUUAUUGCGGUGAAGUGCCAUCAUAUCAAACAUUCACACGCGGUCUUCGGUGGUUAACGGUAGUUAAGGCGCCGCCUCCCACAACAAAUUUUCGGUGUUUGAGUUUGAUGAAUAACGGCAUUUUUGGCGUAAAUAAAGACGCAAGUGAACUGAAUGCAGCUGGAAAUUGGCAGAAAAGUGACAUUCACGCGAGAGCGAAUAGGAAAAUGUGGUAAAUUUUUUUGUAAAAAAUAACAACAAAUAUUUGAAAAGAAUUUUGAAGCUAAAAUUACAAGCGGAAGUGUAAAAUAUCGGAGAUAAUCAGUAAAAAAUUCAGUGUAAAUUAUAAAAUAUUGAAAGAAAUAUUAAAAUAAAGUGAAGAACGUAACUAUUAUAGCAACAAAAAUACAUUAAAAAUAUAUAUUUAUCAAUUACUAAAAAAAAAUAAAUUGAAUAUAAAUUUAACAAAAACAAAACGUUAAAAAACAACAACAACAAACAUAACUGAUUAUAUUAAAAUUAGUUUCAUACAUAUAAUCAUAAACUGAGUAUUUUCAAUUUCUGCGUAUUAUUUAAGCGUCGAAAAAAUUUUAAAAUAACAACAACAACAAUUUAAAAAUUUCAAAAAAUUAUCCUUCGAUUCUGUUGCGUCUAACUACAUACCAAAAUAUUUUCUGCAUACCAAUUUGUGCAAAAUAAACAAAAAAAACUCAUGUGUUUCUAAUAAUAUGCACAACAGCUGCAGCCUUCUUAAAAAAGUAACAACACAACCACAGUAAUUGAAAUAUAAAAUACCUACAUACAACUUUGUAAAGCGCUUUUUUUACCACUAACAAGUAAUAAAGUAAAAAUAUACUUUAAUACCUUAGCAUAGAAAACAAAACUUAGAAUUCAAUAGAAAUUAACUAGACAUGCUGUGAAUUUUGUGCGAAAUAAAGAAAUCAUAAAAAUUAUUGUAAACGAUUUGUUAAUUAAUAAAAACUUAAAAACGUGUGUGGAAAAAGCGCUUAGCACAAACGACAAAAUUGCUACGAAUUUGUGAAAAUCGUACAACAACUACAAUAGUGUAAAAAUACGCACGCGUGCUUCUAAGCAACACCAAUCUCACGGCAGUUAAUACGAAAAAGGAUUAAAAGUGGAAGACAUAACGGCAAAAAUGGUUAAUAAACAAUAUACGGCCACCGAUCUGGAGGCUUUCAUGAAACUCGCCGUCAAUUGGCAGAACAGUAAUCACAAUUUGCUGGAAGGAGUUGAUAUAAAAGGAGAAAUGCAACAGUACAUGAACAGUCCAGCCAUGAAUAUGUAUAAAAAGCGUGAACGCACACAGAAUUGGAAUCAUCAAGAGAAGAAAUUUCUGCUCGACUUGUGUCGCAAGGAUAUGCGUAUUAUAGAAAAUAAAAGACUCGAUGCAGGGCUGACGGCGGUAAAGAAUAAAGCCUGGAAGAUCAUACAUCAGAAAUUCUCAAGCCAAUUUGGAACAGAUCGUACGUGUAAUCGGUUGAAGGAGCAAUGGCGGCGCAUGAAAGCCUGUACGCGUAACGAAAUAUUGGACUACAACAAUCGUUUAGCCAGAUUCGGUGCUGAGGUUGCCGAUCGUAAGAAGCCAUCACCAUUCACAUUCGAAGUGUGGGAAUUCAUGCAAGAGGCAAAGAAAGCCUGUAAAUCAGAAGCUUUAGAUGGCAUUGACUACUCAAAGAUACCGUUGGCGCUCGAGGAGGACUAUGAGUAUCGCGAGGAUGAACAGAAUGGCGAGGAUGAUCACGAUAUGGAUGACAGUCGCACGCCACCACAGGAGCUCUGCGAUGUCGAUAUCAAGGAGGAGACCAAUGAGACCUUCAACGACACCAACAUACACAACGAUUCAUUGGCGCUCGGUGAACGCCGCUUGUCCUCCUCCUCGCCGAGCCACAGCCGCUUGGGUGCACAUCACGACCUCGAACGCGUCAGCCUACACAGUCCUGGCGGCAAUAUGGCGACGGCCAGCGAACUCGCCAAUGCCAGCUAUCUCUCACAGAACGGUGUCAGCGGUGGCGCUGCGGUCGGUGGUAGCGCCGGCGAUAUGGGCGCCUUCCAGCCCGCCUUCAACAUGAGCAACAUCUCCGCUACAUUAGAAGCCUUGAAUGCAUUGCGUACCGGACAAUUUCCCUCAGCCGCUGCUGCUGCUGCCGCUGCCUUACAGAAUAACUUUGCCGCCGCUGCCGCACAACAACAACAGCAUCAACAGCAACAUAAUCAACAGCAGCAACAACAACAAAUGUCACCUAGCGAUGAUCAGCCGCUGGUGAAGCGUCCGCGCAGUUCGAGUGGCAGCGCCAAUGGCGAGGAGGUCUUACACGAUUUGUCCAUGAAUGGCGCGGCCGCCGGCAAUGCGUCGACAGUUAACACAGCCAACGCAACGGUGGGUGCCAGUAAUGGUGUUGGCGUCGGUGCAUCGGCCAACAGCACACCGGAAAUGCGCGUCUUCAUGGAGAUGCAGAGCAAAGAGCAUCUGAUGCGCAUGAAGAUACUCGAGGUGCAGCUGCAGGCGGCCAAAUAUAAUCGCGACCUCGUCGAGAUCAAUAAGACAUUGGCGCUGCAGAAGUUGCAAGAGUUCGCCAGCAAGCGUUUGACCAGCUAAGCGUGACGCGCGUUCUCUGAAUUACGGAAGGUGGAAAUUGUUGCGUAACAAAGUAUUUGACGGUAGUAUUCAUAAGGAUUGUUUGCGUGGUGGGAAGGCAGCUGUACUUGACGUACGUGUGGCUGAGCUAGCGGCGCCAUUACAUAACGGCAGUUUACUUUUAUUUGUGUUUAUCAAGCAGUUGGAAGAUUAAUUGUAAUAGUUGUAUUAUUUUAUUUUUUUAUAUGGAAAUCACAUUCCCGUUAGCAUCAGUUUUGCAUACUCAAAACCUAAUUUACUGUUACUACUUAGAAAUAGUUGUUCUUUCAUUUGUUACUGUGUUGGAUGUCACAAAUCUUUGCAGAAAAACUAUGAAAUAUUUUGCAAAAACAACAAAAAGAAAUUAUUAAAAUAAAAAUGUGAAAUCUUAAUUAUUUUCUUUAUUUUUUUGUAUUUUUUUGCCAUAACAGUAUUUAAAAAUAGUAGUAGAACACAAUGUCAAUAACAAAAAGUAUUACUCAAAGAACAAAUGAGCAAUAGUUAACGCAAUAGCCCUACCUCAGUGGUCAAAACCAAGCAACAACAAAAGCAAAAUGAAAUAGUAAACUAAAAAAAUAUUUAAAAAUAAGUCAAGGUCGUCCAAAAUUAUUGAAAAAGAGUAACAGCUUUAUGUUUAGCAAAAAGAAAAAAUAAUACUGACAUCGUUGCCUACUUUUGCGCGCCUAGUUAUAUACUUACCCAGCUUUUGUAGUAGACCUAGCGCUUGAUUUUAUUUUGAAUAUUUUACCUUUUUUGUAGUUGUAAAAGAAUUGGCUACGAAGCGCAGACACACACGCAGUCAGACACACAAAGUAGCUGCACUUAAAAAGCUCUUGGUUUUCAAAAGCUACUUACGGCACCUAAAAAAGCCGUGGCUUGUAAAUUUUGACAAAAGCACGAAGAAGUUCCAAAAACAAAAUAAUGUUAAAAAAUGUUAAAUAUAAAGUUUUUUUGUUUGAAAAAUUAUAUAUUUGCUCUAAAGCUAAAUGGACACUUUUUAUUUAGUCACAAUUUAGAGCUGAUAUUGCGGUGAAAUAAAAAAAAUUCUCAACUAAUUAGCACAAAUUUAAUGUUAAAACCGUUAAAAUAUUUUUCAAAGAAGAUUAUUAAUUAAUUUAAACACCAACUGAAAGCUCUAAAAGGUGCCAAAUAAAUAUUUCUAUAAUAUUAAAGAAAAUCGAAAGCUCAGUUGAAAGCUUAACUUGCUAUUACGAUAAUUGAGAGCUUUACGAAUUGCAACCAAGUGCUAUGAAAGCACAAUAUUGAUGAAAUUAACGGUUGAAAAACAUAUGUAUAUAGGUAAAAUUAAAAAUA